UAACUUGGACACUUCCUCCAAACACCCCAGGGUUCCUUGCCCAACCUCCUCGAAUACAGCCUCUCUGCAAGUUUCCCUCUCCCCGACUCAGCCGCGCUUGUCCCUGCCUUUUCAGCGCUACCUGCCCUCAGUCUGGGACCUGGCUCCUUUCCUCUCGCCGGUGUCUCCUAGCCACCGGCGGAGUGGAGGGCGGACACCAGCCUCCUUGCCGCCUGCCCCGCCUCCCCGCCGGCCCGGCUCGGGCCGCGCAGGCGCACGAGGCGCGGCCCGGAGGCCGAGGGCGACCACAGCAGCCUCCGCCUCCCACUGCUCCGUACGAUUCUGCCCUGGGCUAGUCGGCGGUGACCUGGACUGAGCCCGGCAUUGGCUUCGCGCGCGACGCGUCGCCAUGGGCUCUCGUUGGAGCAGCGAAGAGGAGAGGCAGCCGCUGCUGGGGCCCGGGCUCGGGCCUGGGCUGGGGGCCUCCUGGAGAAGCCGGGAGGCGGCGGCGGCGCUGCCCGCGGCGGUCCCCGGUCCCGGGCGGGUGUACGGGCGCCGCUGGCUGGUGCUGCUGCUCUUCUCGCUGCUGGCGUUCGUUCAGGGCCUGGUCUGGAACACCUGGGGUCCCAUCCAGAACUCGGCGCGCCAGGCCUACGGCUUCUCCAGCUGGGACAUCGCGCUGCUCGUGCUGUGGGGGCCCAUCGGCUUCCUGCCCUGCUUCGCAUUCAUGUGGCUCCUGGACAAGAGAGGUCUCCGGAUAACUGUGCUCCUGACAUCCUUCCUUAUGGUUUUGGGAACUGGUCUAAGAUGCAUACCUGUAUCAGACUUAAUGCUUAAAAGAAGAUUAAUUCAUGGAGGACAGAUGUUAAAUGGAUUGGCAGGUCCAACUGUAAUGAAUGCAGCACCAUUUCUCUCCACGACGUGGUUUUCUGCAGAUGAAAGGGCCACAGCCACAGCUAUUGCAUCAAUGCUCAGUUAUCUUGGGGGAGCAUGUGCAUUUUUAGUUGGACCACUUGUUGUUCCAGCUCCCAAUGGGACAUCACCUCUUCUCGCUGCAGAGAGCAGCAGGGCACAUAUUAAAGAUCGCAUAGAGGCUGUGUUAUAUGCAGAAUUUGGAGUUAUCUGCUUAAUAUUUUCUGCAACACUAGCUUAUUUCCCACCCCGACCUCCUCUUCCUCCCAGUGUUGCUGCAGCUAGCCAGCGGUUGAGUUACCGGAGAAGCGUCUGUAGAUUAUUAAGCAAUUUUAGAUUUUUGAUGAUUGCUUUAGCAUAUGCCAUACCACUUGGUGUAUUUGCUGGCUGGUCUGGAGUUCUGGACUUAAUUUUAACACCAGCGCACGUCAGCCAAGUAGAUGCUGGCUGGAUUGGAUUUUGGUCCAUAGUUGGAGGCUGUGUUGUUGGAAUAGCUAUGGCAAGGUUUGCAGAUUUUAUCAGGGGUAUGCUGAAACUAAUUCUUCUCCUCCUGUUUUCCGGAGCUACGCUGUCAUCCACGUGGUUCACCCUGACCUGUCUGAACAGCAUCACCCACCUACCUUUAACCACAGUGACGUUGUAUGCCUCCUGUAUUCUCCUGGGAGUGUUCUUGAAUAGCAGUGUACCUAUAUUUUUUGAGCUUUUUGUGGAAACUGUCUACCCAGUCCCAGAAGGAAUUACUUGUGGAGUUGUCACUUUUUUAAGUAAUAUAUUUAUGGGAGUACUUUUAUUUUUUCUCACAUUUUAUCACACAGAGUUGUCUUGGUUCAACUGGUGCCUUCCCGGGUCGUGUUUGCUUAGUCUCCUCCUCAUUCUGUGCUUCAGGGAAUCCUAUGACAGACUCUAUCUUGAUGUGGUUGUCUCCGUUUAAUAGCACAGACUUGAAGGAGUUUAAAAGGAGGCUGGAAAUCAAUACUGCACACUGCACAUUUGCUCGGAAUUGCACAUCUAACAGGAAAAGAGGGAGAAGAAAGAAACUUCAUUCAGAGGUUUUGUUAGGUUACAGAUUAUCACAUUAAUUUAAUUACUACUAGGUAAUAAUAAUAAUGGGAGACUUGAGUGAUAAUAGGGGAUUUUAAAACUCUACAGAUGGCAUACCUGUGCCUGAUUCUGGGGUUGGAAGUGUGACUUCUUACACAUAAAGCACUACCUAAGUAAUACUCUCUCUGUUUUGUGCCAGUGCUAAACUACUGAUUACUUGUAAUUAUGAAAAGAAAUAAAGGGUGUCUAUCACAUGAAGAUAACGCCUUCCCUAAGUCACAUAUCAGAAUAGGAAGAUAUGCCACUAACUUCUAAAGAAGUUCAAACCCUGUAUCCAAUUUUAAUGAUAAAAUAGCCAAGAGGUAUAUCGAUGAUAGAAAUUAGCCAUGUGUACACUACAUUUUUUCUAAUAAAGCCAUUUCUUAUAUGACUCCUUAUUUUAAUCAGGUCAGAAGCCCUUGGCCAUCUUUACUAUGGUGAUCAGGUGCUUUCCAGUGACUUCCGAGCAUAGGCACUGUGUCUCCAUCUCAACUUAUCCUUGUUUCUGUGAAAUACAAUUUCAUCUACUAGGCCCUUAAAUAAUUAUGUGAGGGUGACUAAAUGUUUAAUAUAAUUACAUUAAAUAUCGUAUGAAAAAUGUAAUUCCAUUAGGAUCUAGCACUUUGUUACAAAUGAAAUGACAAGUCACAUAGACAUACUGUGUCUUCUGCCUGUAUAUGGUGGCAUGAGAUGUAACGUCCAGAGCCCAUUAUUUACCAGGGUUAGGUUUUAUUCAGUGACCCUAGUUUAAAAAUAAUAAUUUAUCACAUUGAAA